GUGACGUUGGGGAGGAAUAUGGCGCUUUUGAGGCGAUGUGUAUCACGAUAGUCAAGGCUGAUGAUUAUCUGUAGGUAGCUGUGUUGACCCAGAGAACGUCCGGGUAGACGAGCUGAAUAUGACGGGUCGGAAAAGGUGAUCGUUCCCUGACGUCUGUAUGGACACCGGAACAGUAUAUGUCGUAGUUUGCUGUCGUCAGCUAAAACAGUUAGCCGAUGCUAGCUGAGAAAAUGGGUUUGUUUAUGUAGCAUUCACUGCCGAUGUAUUUAUUAGAUAUGUUCUAUGGCUCCAAUAAAGCCGCUUGAUUUUCUACGAAGACGCCUGUUGUAGGAUAGCGGUUUGUCUCGGAAGCUAUAAGGGAUGGAGAGCCGUCAUGGAUGUGCUUGGUGGCUGGCCAGUGCGGUUUUGUCAUCGGUAUGUUGGCAUUCUGAAGGUGCCCCACUUCACCACCUUCACCGCUCAGGUGGAGGUUCAGGGGAUGUGUUGUCUCUGUCUCUGUUUUUGUCCCUGGCGGUCUCGCUGACGCUGCUUGUGGCCCUGGUGGUGCUGCUGGUGAACUGUGUGACCUGCUGCAAGGAGAGGGAAAUCAACUUCAAGGAGUUUGAAGACCACUUCGACGAGGAGAUUGACUUCACCCCACCUGCAGAGGAUACGCCGUCUAUUCAGUCCCCAGCUGAGGUCUACACGCUCUCCGUGUCCCCGGUGGUCCUGCCUGGACCACCGCAUCUCCAACCCCCCUCCCAUAUAACAGAGGGUUCCUCGGCGUUCCAAGUUGCGCGUCACGAUUUAAGCUACAUCCAGGAAAUAGGCAACGGGUGGUUUGGCCAGGUCCUUCUCAGUGAAAUCUACACAGAUCCAGGUGGAACCAGAGUGGUGGUGAAGGAAUUGAAGGCCAACGCCAACUCCAAAGAGCAGAAUGACUUCCUGCAGCAGGGGGACCCAUACAGGGUUCUACUGCACCCAAACAUCCUCCAGUGCCUGGGGCAGUGUGUGGAGGCCAUCCCCUUCCUUCUUGUUUUUGAGUACUGCGAAAUGGGAGAUCUGCGGGGCUACUUAACUCAGCAGGACUGGAUCUUCCGAAACACAGAGAUGCUGCAGCUGCAGAGAAUGGCUUGUGAAAUCGCAGCCGGUGUCACUCAUCUUCACAAACACAACUUCCUGCACAGUGAUUUAGCUCUGAGGAACUGCUACCUGACGGCAGAUCUCACCGUCAAAGUGGGAGACUAUGGAAUCGGCCCCAGCUUGUACAAAGAAGAUUACAUCAUCACAGAGGACGAAGUGUUCGCACCCCUCCGCUGGUUGGCUCCGGAGCUGGUGGGCGAGCGUCACGGGGGUGUGGUGACGAUGGAGCAGACCAAGCCCAGCAAUGUUUGGGCUUUGGGGGUCACCCUGUGGGAGCUCUUGGAGAACGCUGCUCAACCAUACCCGCACCUGUCGGACCGGGAAGUUCUGAAUCAUGUGAUCAAGGAACAGCAAGUCAAACUUUUUAAACCACAACUGGAGCUUCCUUAUUCCGAUCGAUGGUACGAGGUGCUGCAGUUCUGCUGGCUGACGGCAGACAAACGGGCGACGGCUGAGGAGGUUCAUCGCCUGCUCAUAUACCUUCGCAUGCAGGGCCAGAAAGACAUGGAGGAAGAUUUCGAUCAGCGCUGGAAUGCCCUCAAGCCGAACCCUUCCACCCGGCAGACCACUGUAAGCCACUCCUCCUUCCCCAUCCUCGACCAGUUCGCCGACGACGCCAUGAGACAAGAGAUCGACGAAAUCCUCACCGUCACCGAAACGAGCAAAGGCCUCAGCUUCGAGUAUGUCUGGGAGGCGGCCAAACAGGACCACUAUGAAGGAAACCACGGACGCUCAGGCCUGGACACCACCCUGAACUACCACAGCAUGUUCUUCCCUGCUUCCAGCGAAGACAUCCAGGCUCAUUUCCCCAACCCUGUUGCCGCAGCAGGCGACGCUCCGACAGGAACAUCCACUAUUCUUCCAGUGUUUGACGCUCAGAAGACGUCGAAUGGGAAUGAAUAUUUCAUCCAGCUAGAAGAACCAGGGGAGGGGACUGGAGCUCAAGAUUUCAGCUCAAGCCAGAAAGACUUUAUUGUUCUCCAUGACGUCCAUCUGGAUGAGUCGAGCACAGAGGCGGACUUUUUCCACCAAAGCAUCGACUCCAAGGACUCUUACUUGCCCGACAGCCAUGUCUGGUCGUCUCUGGAAAAUGACAGCCCGUACCACCCAAACAUCUUCACCGAGGGAGAGUCCAAGCAAGACGACUCUCCGUCAUGGAGGCGGGGUUUUAUGGAACUCCCAGAGCGUAAUGGUAACUCCCUCCCGGAGAGCACUUUGUCAGUAGCAGCAGAGUCCAACAAAAGUCGAGAGGAGUCUUUUUUAGGGGUUGGUUCCGAAGCCCUUCACCGCUCCCACUCUCUGGAGGUAGAGAAGACGGACACGAAGCGGCUUCUGGACCAUGAUAAACUAGCUGAAAACUACUUGUUUCUCAAGGAGCAGAACCUGAUGAAGGACGGGCCCCAGUUUUUGAGCCCCCAGCAGAACUUCCUCUCCCCGGGGCUCUUCCACGAACCAGAGGAGACGUUCAAGAUGAAGUCGUGGGACAAUGUAGAAAAUUUAGGCAGCUUAAACUCAACGGACGCUUAUUUAAAACCCACAAGUAGCACAUCGACUAGACACGGACAUUUUGACUCUUCCAGCUCCGACCUGGACUCGUAUCCAUCGCCGAUAGAAAGUGGGACAAUGGUGCCUUCCAUUAUGGUUGAGACGGAGGAUGGUGGAAGUGUUCUAUUGCCGGAGAGCAACGGUUCUUUAUCUGAAGUUCUCGAUGUCCUCCAUCCAUCUGACAGAGCCAUGGACUCUGGUUUUGACUCUACCUCAGAGAGGCCUGAAGUAACUCAGAUUGACGACCACACUACGGUGUUUUCUGAAAGUGCCAAUUCAGAGUCGUUGUGUACAGAUGCCAAAAUCCCCAGCCUUGAGGAAGACCUGGGCCCCGCAAACAACAAGGUUCCUUUUGAAGAAGGUCCAGUGUCUGAGAGUCUAGUUGAGAUUGAUGUUUUUCCUUCAGACAACGGACUCGGUGAGGACCCGACUUGCAAUGACCUUCUGAGUGAACUCAUCGAGGAUGCAGAUAUGGAAUCGACUUUAUCUGACCACGAAGAGUCCUUCAUGAACCCGGUCAGGUCUUCUCUGUUAGUCUCAGGGCCGUCAUUGGACCAGAUCAGCCAGGAUAGCUUGUUAGAUGACAGCAUGUCCACCACUGUCCCCACGCUGGACACUCUAGCAGACACUCCAGACUCUUUGGACUCGCUCUACAUCCACAGGCUCGGAGAGCAAGGAGAGGUCGUGCAGCACAAACUGCAGCCUCCUUUCAAAAUAGCCGACAGCGGCUACGAAACCGAGAACCUGGAGUCCCCAGAGUGGAACUCCCAGCCAGAUGUGGAGCACUCGCCAGUCAGGAAUGGAGUGAGUGUUGCCAAAGAUGAGGAGGAGAUGGACGCGUCGUCCUCGAACCUGGUACCACCGGAGAUCGUGAUCUCAGAAGCAGAGGCCAUGAGGGACGUUGAGGAGCAGAAUGAGGCCCCCCCUGCUGAGGAGCCUGUCAUGGGCAGCAAUUACAGAGACUCCGCCUACUUCUCAGACAACGAGUCAGAAACUGAGAAGAAGAGUGAAGAACCAGCUGUUGACGUCCCGUGGGUGAGGAGCUCCGAUGCAGAAGUGAGUGAAGCUGCGCCAGGACCAGAGGUUCUGGAUCUUUUUCUGGCGGAAAGCCCUGCUGCGGCGCCGAGGGGUGUUGGAGAUGAUGCUCGGGUGGAGGAGGCCUCUCCAGAAAUCCACUCAGACGUCACUCCCGGCAGCCUCAACCUCGAUGGAAGUCACCUGGAGUUUAUCGAUGACGAUGAUCUGCCGGAGCCGAUUCAGCCGCUCCCAAUGCUCCACACUAAACUGACCAGAACCUACGCCACCGACGGUCACAAGCUCAAGGAGCCAGACAUGGAGGGACGCUAUCUCGGCAGGAGGGACAACUCCGGCGUGGACGGUCAGGAGGACGGCGUGGAUGCAGACGAGGAGGAUGAGAACAGCGAAGACUCGGAUGACGACGUGCGCGGGUACCAGCUUCACAGCUCGAGCUCGGACAGCGAGGACGACGUGGUGCACCCGGUGCCCGUCAUCAUCUCGGACGACAGUUCCUCCAAGAACCUUAAGAGCUUGUUAAAACCUCUAAACAUCACGUCUGCACCAAGCUCAACCAAUAACAACCCAGAGAGCUCCAGACGAACGGUGUCCUUCUUUGAUGAUGUCACAGUCUAUCUGUUCGACCAGGAAACGCCCACCAAGGAGUUGAGUGACUUCUCCUCGAGCUCCAACAACCCGACACCGGAGUUGAGCAGCCCGGUGUCCACUGCCAGCUACCUGAACCGUUUCGCCAAUUCUGAGAGCUCCACUGAUGAAGAAGGCGGUGGGUUCGAGUGGGACGACGACUUCUCUUCUCCCUCACCGGCCUUCGUCUCUAAAGCCGGACGUGAUCCCUCACCGAAGGUUCCCUCCUCUUCCUCGGCCGACUCUGGCUUCUCCACUGCACCCGUGGCUUCAGGGCUUCAGUCCAGCUGGACCACCAGCUCCUCCAGCUACUCCCGCUUCUCCAUCUCCCCAGCCAGCAUCGCCAGCUUCUCCCUCACGCAUCUCACCGACUCAGACAUCGAGCAAGGAGGCAGCAGCGAAGAUGGAGAGAAGGACUAGGCGUCACGCUACUGACAGCUUCACCUCACUUGUUGACAGCUGGAAGGACAUCAGGAGGAGGCACUGAGGUUAAAAGGACAAGGUAAACUUCCUCUUUGAGCGUCACCGCUCCGCGUGUGAGCUCCAGUGCACUUCCAUUUUGGGGACGACUCACCCGAGGCAUUCCAGAUUUAGCCGCUGCUUAUUUUUCUUCUUUUAUCCUGAUCGGAAUGAAUGGAUUCAACUGACAGCAACCAAAUAGGAGAAAGCUUUCUUCACUACAGCCGACGUGAAAUUUCGCGGUUGUUUCAGUGGUUGCCUUUUUUGUUCUCGUGUUCGGUCUCCUUUUUUCGGAGAGUGUUCGGUACCUGUGUGUAGCGUCUUUCGAUGCCAAGAAUCGGGGUGCGAUUCCUUAAAUUAAAUUUCCGAAUCAUAACUUUUGGUCGGGGUUAGUCAGAGCGACCCCUAGAGGUCACGGUUCAGUCACCUUCUAAGAAGUCGCUUUUUACAUAUUGGGGAAGCACCUGCUGCUGCCUGUUAGUCCCUGAAAACGCCCUUUAAUGAACAAGGGGCGUCUCUUUGUAUAGGCUUUGAACUGGGACGUGUCGGGCAUUGGAAAACUCCACUAUUAAGGAAUUGCGUCCGACGACAAAUGAUCUUAAUUUAUUCUGAAUGUCGUCACGCUGAAACGUUUUUACUUGACUGGGUUUGUUGAGACGAUCCACCGGUGGAAAUAAAUGUUAAUUUAAAGCUCUUACACGACGCUGCUCGGGUCGUCUUCAAUCACUACAGAGUCUGUGUAGGAAGGUUUUAUUGUUGCCGGAAGAAAUGUGUUGUAAAAACAAACGUGCAAUGUUGUGUGGUCUUGCGAUGAAUGAGGUGUCGACGUGCAGGGAGUCUCACACUAACUUGUUAGAACAAAUCAUUACUGCCUUUUAUCAACCACUUACCAAGCAUUUCCGUGUCAGGCUGUGCGUCGCCCCAACGUUGGUCCGUAUCGCUGAGAAACAGUCCACCGUCCACGCGUCACCGCUCUUCUCCAACCAGCAGCCUGUGCUUCUGUUAAACUUGAACAUUUAUUUAAUUUUAUUUGGCGAGCGUUCGCUUCAAUCUUGCACAGUUGUGGAUGUAUAUAUUUUCGUCUGUAAAUGGGAAAUGUGAGUCGUAGGGAAGAGGUUUGUAAAUUAAGGAACAUAUCAUGGUUCUCAGUUAAAUUAAAGACACAAAAUCACUCUGUCCUUUAAACUUGUAGAUUUGGAAAAAAAAGCUGAUAUUUUUACGUCCUCUUGAUCAUGCUGAGUGUAACUGAAUGAAAUGUUUAUAAUGACACUGUUUAAUAUGAAAAUAAAUUCAAACGAAACCUCCAGUUGUGGCCUGUUGCGAGACACCUCCCACCACCCUCCUCCUCGCCCCCACCACCUCUCACUCUGCGUUGCUUGGACCUGAUCCAGCCGGUACCAGUUUUCAAACUUUUAUUUGACAUUUCAAACUGCAACAGUCCGAGUGACAGGAACAUGAGGAACACAGUCGCUUUCAAAAGUUCCCGGAGAGAUUCAGGCAGCCGACACUAAAGCAAACAAACCAGGAAGACAAAACUGUAACAAACAACAUGCAUGAGACACACAGAGUUAGACUUGAGCCCUUCCGUCGAAGCCCCCGUCCGUCGGGAUGUUGUGUCGAGGAGUAGAUGCUAUUGCUGGAGUCGCCUGGUUGCCAAACUCACGGGAGCAAACACAUGCACACAUCAUAACCAAAUUCACAUCUUAGGUCUCAGUGCCAGAGAAAACAUUCGUCCAUCGAUGCA